AUGUUUGAGCACGACCUGCGGACAAACAUAUACAUCGAAACUGCAGUUGCAAAGGAAAGCAAUGCUGGGUGCCAACAACACCACCCAUGCGUGGCAUUGCCGACCUUCUUGCCACAGGUCGCUUCGUCACAAUGCAAAUUGUCCUUUCCAUCGACUGGGAAGUAUGCAGAGAAGAUGAUGACACCGACGACUCUGGCAGCUUCAAGAGCUUCGGCAGCGGUUUGUCUGAGCGGACAAUUUCGUGGAGUCUGUUCCCCUCACGAGCUCUGGUUCCUACUUCAUCGAGUCUUGCCGGUUUUCGGCGAGCCAAGAGCCGAUUUGUUCGUUGUUGUGCCGGAUGGUGAGGACUGCCAGAGGGCCGCAAGUCUCUUGCCAAAUGCCACAGAGCUACAUUGCAUUCCGGACCGGCCAUUCUCAGCCGCGGAAAGCAAAUGGCUGAGGGAAGGGCCAGGGCUAUGUUGGGACCGUGAAAAGAUCAUUCUGCAACUCAGGCUGAUGGGCUACUGUGGAAGAAUCAUGAAGCAGCGCUUGGAGGCUGGCAUUUCGUAUCAGUGGUGGCUGCGUGUGAGAGCAGAUGUCCUCUGGCAUCGUUUUCCGUCCAUGGAAGCCGAAUUGUAUGCACAAGGACCCGGCAUGCUCCUGUUGAACUGGAUGCCCAUAUGUCAAUGGCAGGCCUACUGUGACCAUUUUGCGGCAGGCCCGUCGUGGCUGAUGCAACGUUAUUUCGACUUCUACGAUUAUGUGCUGGAGCCAAGGAACUGGCCGCGGUGCGACUUCCCGCAGGGAGACAAGGUCCUGAGAAGGCACUGGGCUCACGACUGCAACUACAUCGAGCUCAUCAUGGAAAGGUAUCUCGGCGAUCGUCGCAUUCCUGUCCGUUAUACUAGAAAUGUUUGCUUCGUUCGCCUUCGACAAUGCGGUAAGCCACCCCUGGAAGAUCACUGCAACGAGGCAGCUUCGGGAGCCCUUCCGGAUGAUCUUGCAAAGUGGCGCAAUCUACACCUGAAGGGAAUGGAAGUGCUUCCGGAGCAGACUUUCCCGCGGCACUACGAGCACGAUCCUGGACUUUCGGCCAAGCUGGUCGAUUUCUUUCACACGGAGCAGCACCGGCUUGGAAGACCUCCGAAGAUUGCGGAUCUUGGCUGCGGCCGUGGCUCGCUGGUGGGAGAGCUUCGAGCUUGGGGCCAUCUUGCCGUCGGAUUGGACGCAAACCCGCUGUUGACGGCCACGCUGAACGAGUAUGGCAUGGUCGCCGACUUGACCGAAAAGAACUUGAGCUUCACUAUCCGGACAGCACAUCCCCGCUGUAAUUUUCGCCCGCACCUUUACAGACAUGCCACAGGCUUCGAGUUUGAGGAUGCCGGGCAAUCACUUGGCAACGGCAACGUCGUGGACAUGGAUCCCAGAACCGAGUCCCAAGCCAGUCCCCUAGCUUGGGUAUACUGGAUCAAUUAUGUCGCUGGACGUUGCUGUGGUCAACUCGCUUGCGUUGGCUUCGACACGAAGGGUUUGCUGAAGUGGAAGCUUCCGGCCAGAGAGACCUGGAAAGUCAGCGACGAGGUCUGGCUCUAUGAGAAGUACCUCUCGGUGCCAGAGCCUGAUCAGGCCCAAGUUCAGAAUCCAUUUAAGCACGGUCCCGGUGCUCUGGUUCCGGUUUCGGAGGGAGAGGAGACCAUGGACUGGGUAAUCUCCCUGGAUGUGGGCGGACAGAUCGCCGCGGAGUCUCAGUUUAUUUUUCUGGAAAAUUUGCGCCGACUGGCGGGCCAGGGAAUUAUACUGAGCUGGGAUCCGGUGACAAGGCCGCCUGUGGAAGAGAUCGAGGCGCUGGGCUUCAGACGGGAUGAGGAGCUGGAGGAUCACCUGCGGCUCUUCGCAGGCAUUGGCCUGAGAGCUUAUCUCGGCCAAACCCUCUUUGCCUUCCGGUCACGAAGCGGACCCUCAAAGCGAUGGCCGGCCGGGCGCUGCCAUCUGCAGCCAAAGAGACCGAACCAUCUUUGUGCGCCAUUGCUCACCUUCGGGUGCCUGGAUGCUGAGCGCAUCUGGAUACGUGGGCAUUGUGCAGGUGUUUUCCAACGUUUCAGUUCCUCUGAGAUGACCGGCGGCGUCGCAGAAGCGGAGUGCUUGCUGACCACAACCAGUAUACAGGGAUACGAGGAAUGCAAGCUCCCAGAGCCUUCAGAGCCUUCGUCCCAUGACCAGCCAGCUUUGGACCUAGACGGUCCAGGACAGAUUCCGGAAGAGAAAGCCGCCUUUGACUGCUUCAGUGGCUCAGUUCCCUACGAAGCUUUCUGGAACCUUCAAGGUCUGUUUAUGACGGGCAUGUUCGACAGUGCCGACCCGCUUGUUCGUCACGACGAGAGCAUUUGGGACACGGAGAUCUGUGGGACUCUGGCAGUGGCUUUCAAAAUCUACCGGCUGGUUUGGGCGCCCUGGGCGCACUUCGUCACCAGGCUCCAGCGACUUUGGCGGAGCGAAGUUCGCUUCCUGCUGACCGCUUGGGAAUGGCAAAGGCCUCCGCACACCACUUGGGGCUGCUUCAUGGCCUCCGUUCUUCGUGCUGCCGCUCGGCGCAGUGCGGCUCUUGCAGGGCCCAGGAGGAGGCGUGGAGCGUGUGGAGCACUCGCCAGCGCUGCCCUUCGCCUCCGGAGCUCCUGUUGGCCGGUGCGCUGGUCCGGCAGACGCUGCCAGGAGGCAAUGCAACGGACCAAGAAGGUGAUGUCGCGCGUUUACGGGCGACUUGGCAGUCAGCCUUUCCUGGAAACUUUGCAGGAUGGCCGAAAGCUUUGGAGGGCCGGAGCUCCGGGAGCUUCCAAGAGCUUGUUUUUGUGUGGGCACCCGACACGAAGCUCGAAGCUUUUCGAGGUCCUUGCCACCAGACAUCACUCCGACGGCCAACAAUGCAACGAGAUCCGGGCUCAACCGUUUCGUCGAUACCUUCAGAGGCUGGCUGCGCUGCCCUACUAG